AUGCACCAUCUCCUGGAGCAGUCCGCGGACAUGGCGACGGCGCUGCUGGCCGGAGAGAAGCUGCGCGAGCUGAUCCUGCCCGGCGCGCAGGACGACAAGGCGGGCGCGCUAGCGGCGCUGCUCCUGCAGCUUAAGCUCGAGCUGCCCUUCGACCGCGUGGUCACCAUCGGCACCGUGCUCGUCCCCAUCCUGCUGGUCACCCUGGUCUUCACCAAGAACUUCGCAGAGGAGCCCAUUUACUGCUACACGCCGCACAACUUCACUCGCGACCAGGCGCUGUACGCUCGCGGCUACUGCUGGACGGAGCUGCGGGACGCGCUGCCCGGCGUGGACGCCAGCCUGUGGCCGUCGCUGUUUGAGCACAAGCUGCUGCCCUACUCGCUGCUGGCCUUUGCCGCCAUCAUGUACGUGCCCGCGCUGGGCUGGGAGUUCCUGGCCUCCACCCGCCUCACCUCCGAGCUCAACUUCCUGCUGCAGGAGAUCGACAACUGCUACCACCGUGCGGCCGAGGGCCGCGCCCCCAAGAUCGAAAAGCAGAUCCAGUCCAAGGGGCCCGGCAUCACGGAGCGCGAGCGGCGCGAGAUCAUCGAGAACGCCGAGAAGGAGAAGAGCCCCGAGCAGAACCUGUUCGAGAAGUACCUGGAGCGCCGCGGCCGCAGCAACUUCCUGGCCAAGCUGUACCUGGCGCGGCACCUGCUCAUCCUGCUGCUCAGCGUGGCGCCCAUCUCCUACCUGUGCACCUACUACGCCACCCAGAAGCAGAACGAGUUCACGUGCGCGCUGGGCGCGUCCCCGGACGGGCCGGCUGGCGGGGGCCCGGCCGUGCGCGUCAGCUGCAAGCUCCCGUCCGUGCAGCUGCAGCGCAUCGUGGCGGGCGUGGACAUCGUGCUGCUGUGCGCCAUGAACCUCAUCAUCCUCGUCAACCUCAUCCACCUGUUCAUCUUCCGCAAGAGCAACUUCAUCUUCGACAAGCUGCACAAGGUGGGCAUCAAGACGCGCCGGCAGUGGCGCCGCUCCCAGUUCUGCGACAUCAACAUCCUGGCCAUGUUCUGCAACGAGAACCGCGACCACAUCAAGUCGCUCAACCGGCUGGACUUCAUCACCAACGAGAGCGACCUCAUGUACGACAACGUGGUGCGGCAGCUGCUGGCCGCGCUGGCCCAGUCCAACCACGACGCCACGCCCACCGUGCGCGACGCGGGCGUGCAGACCGUGGACCCCAGCGCCAACCCGGCCGAGCCCGACGGCGCCGCCGAGCCGCCCGUCGUCAAGCGGCCGCGCAAGAAGAUGAAGUGGAUCCCCACCGGCAACCCGCUGCCGCAGCCCUUCAAGGAGCCACUGGCCAUCAUGCGCGUGGAGAACAGCAAGGCCGAGAAGCCCAAGCCCGUCCGCCGCAAGACGGCCACGGACACGCUGAUCGCGCCGCUGCUGGACGCGGGCGCGCGCGCCGCGCACCACUACAAGGGCGGCGGGGGCGACGCGGGGCCCGCUCCCGACAAGAAGCACGCGCGCCACUUCUCCCUGGACGUGCACCCCUACAUCCUGGGCACCAAGAAGGCCAAGCCCGAGGCCGUGCCCGCCACCGCCCUGCCCGCCUCCCGGAGCCAGGAAGGGGGUUUCCUGUCCCAGGCGGAGGAGUGUGCGCUGGGCUUGGCCUCAGCACCCACCAAAGAUGCUCCGCUCCCUGACAAGGAGAUCCUGUACCCAGCAGAGCCAGCCCGGGCCACGCUUCCUUCCGGGGGCCCGUUUCACGUCUGCUCGCCCCCAGCAGCCCCCGCCACAGCCCCUCUGUCGCCAGCCACUCUGGGCAAAGCUGACCCGCUCGCCAUCCUGAGCCGCAAUGCCACGCACCCACUGCUGCACAUCAGCACGCUGUAUGAAGCCCGGGAAGAGGAGGACGGGGGUCCCCGGGCCCCCCCAGAUGUGGGCAGCCUCAUCGCCAUCCCACCCCCCCAGCAGAUCCUCAUCGCCACCUUCGACGAGCCGAGGACAGUAGUGAGUACUGUGGAGUUCUGAGGAACAGGGCUGCCCGGGCCAUUACACAGCCCUCCGCAUGACCAAGGAGUGCUGCGGACUCCAGCCCCACGGGGAUGUGGUCUCUGCUUCACCCAGCACUGCCCGCACCUCCUGGCCUCCUGUCCGCAUGCCACGGGGCUGAGCACCUGGCCCGCCCGCCCCCCAAGACAGCAUCGUUGGGGGUGCUGGCUGGGCCAGGGGCUGGCCUUGACCCCAGCGGAGCCCCCAGCCAGGAAGGCCUGCAGCCGCCCCCGCCCCCACCCCCACCCCCCAUCCCUGCAUCAGGCACUCGGCCGUGAGGUGAAGAGUCUAUUUUUU